UGUGUGUGUGUGUGUGUGUGUGUGUGUUCCCCCUUUCAUAAUCCUUUUCCUUUUUCAGUCAUUGCUACACAAACACAAGACAUAUGGGUUGUGUGUACCCAUGGACAUACCAAUGCAUGCACAGAGCACUCAAAUAUUGCUUGAAAUGUCUGUCUGUAGCGACAGGAAAGAGCCUUAUUUGAUGGUGUUUAGUCCACAUUGAAUAUGUGGUAUGAUGUGUGGGGCUGGUGAGCACCAAACUUCCUUGUCCAGUAGGUGCUGAUGGGGAAUGUCUCUGGAUGAUAGGAACUGAGGUGUAGGCUCAGUAUGACUUAGCCCCCAGGGCUCUUUGAACAUGUGCUCAAGAUUGGGGUAAAUUGCAUUGUCUUUGUUCUAAUGAUAAACUUUUCUUGAUGUGAAUUGAAAUACAGUAUACAAUGUGGUCAGAGAAAUUAGAACCAGAAUAAAUACUUUCAUAAUAGCCUAUAAAUCUUAGGUGAGUGUUUUUUAGAACUUUGCCUUCUCUAGGCUUUCUGAGGAAUAUCAUAUCUCUGUUAUUUCAGUAAUGGAGUGUUUCACUGACUUGGGAAUGGGGAUAGACAAGUGGGAGGGUACAAAUAGUGCUUCUGCUUUUUAUGCACACAUUAACACAUACAUACUCCUAGAUGAGAGCUGACUAUCUUAGGCAAUAGUUUUUUGACUAUCUGGAUACCCUAGGUAAAUGUCCCUGAGGAGGUCCCAGCUCCAUCUAGGUAACCUGUUUUCUCUUUAUGAACUGCUAAUAUGUGUACAACAGGUAAGGCAAACUAGUAGGUGGGCAAGUCAAAGACUUGGUUCUAGUAUAUUGUGCUUUUGUUUCAGGAAAAGCCAGGGUCUGAAGAUAGAAAGUAUUAGACACAUUACUGGGGAAAGAGUGGCUCAUUUAACCAAAGCAGAGAUGGCUUGUUUAUAAGGAAUAAACUGAAGCCAGAGUCAUGGUGGAUGUAGGAAAGUGGCCAAUCUUCAGUCUGCUUUCACCUCAGGAAAUCUCAUCUAUUCGGAAAGCAUGCGUCUUUGGCACUUCAGCCAAUGAAGCACUGUAUGUCACUGAUGAUGAUGAGGUGUUCGUGUUUGGACUCAACUAUAGUAACUGUCUAGGAACUGGAGAUAACCAGAGCACACUUGUACCCAAGAAGCUGGAAGCCUUAUGUGGCAAGAAAAUUAAAAGCCUUAGUUACGGGAGUGGCCCCCAUGUUCUCCUUAGCACUGAAGAGGGAGUGGUCUACGCCUGGGGCCACAAUGGAUACAGCCAGCUGGGGAAUGGGACCACCAAUCAAGGCAUUGCUCCCAUACAAGUUUGUACCAAUCUCUUGAUCAAGCAGGUGAUUGAAGUAGCUUGUGGCUCACAUCAUUCAAUGGCUUUGGCAGCUGAUGGAGAGGUAUUUGCUUGGGGCUAUAACAACUGUGGCCAGGUGGGAUCAGGAUCUACAGCAAAUCAACCAACUCCUAGAAAAGUUACAAAUUGUUUACAUAUUAAGAGGGUGGUUGGCAUUGCCUGUGGUCAGACUUCCUCCAUGGCUGUUUUGGAUAAUGGUGAGGUGUAUGGCUGGGGCUACAAUGGCAAUGGUCAGCUAGGCUUGGGAAACAAUGGCAACCAGCUGACUCCUGUGAGGGUGGCAGCUCUCCACAGCGUGUGUGUGAACCAGAUCGUCUGUGGCUAUGCACAUACACUAGCACUAACAGAUGAGGGCUUGCUCUAUGCCUGGGGAGCUAACACGUACGGGCAGCUGGGAACUGGCAAUAAAAAUAAUCUGCUAAGCCCAGUACACAUCAUGGUGGAGAAAGAAAGGGUAGUAGAGAUUGCAGCCUGUCACUCCACCCACACGUCUGCGGCCAAGACCCAGGGUGGACACGUGUACAUGUGGGGCCAGUGCCGGGGCCAGUCGGUCAUCCUCCCUCACCUCACCCACUUCUCCUGCACAGAUGAUGUGUUUGCGUGCUUUGCCACCCCUGCUGUCUCAUGGCGCCUCCUGUCUGUAGAGCAGGAAGACUUUUUAACAGUUGCAGAGUCACUGAAGAAAGAAUUUGAUAGCCCAGAAACUGCUGAUCUGAAGUUUCGAAUUGAUGGGAAAUAUAUCCAUGUCCAUAAAGCUGUGUUGAAAAUCAGGUGUGAGCACUUUCGAUCCAUGUUCCAAUCCUAUUGGAAUGAGGACAUGAAGGAGGUGAUAGACGUAGACCAGUUUUCCUACCCUGUGUAUCGUGCCUUUCUCCAGUACCUCUACACAGACACGGUGGAUUUGCCACCUGAAGACGCCAUAGGUCUUCUGGACUUGGCAACGUCUUACUGUGAAAACAGACUGAAAAAACUUUGUCAGCACAUUAUCAAGCGAGGAAUUACUGUGGAAAAUGCCUUUUCCUUAUUCUCUGCUGCAGUCAGAUAUGACGCAGAGGAUUUAGAAGAAUUCUGCUUUAAGUUUUGCAUCAAUCAUUUGACAGAAGUCACCCAAACCGCAGCAUUUUGGCACAUGGAUGGCCCCCUGCUAAAGGAGUUCAUUGCUAAAGCCAGUAAAUGUGGAGCCUUUAAGAACUGAAGCCCGAGGCUGCGGGGCUGAGUGCUCUGGGGCCCUGUGGGUGAUGUGUCCAGCUUGUGCUCUACAGAUGAUGAGAUUCUGCAGGUAAAACCCACCAGGUGGUUUUUUCACAUCUGAGACACUGUUCUCCAUAGGAACAUAGGAAGGAUGUUUAGUUCUCCUGGGCCCAUGGUAAACAAAUAUGUGUGUUUUAACUGUGACCUUUCUUGAAUAUGGGCCGGAACUUUGUGAAUGGUAAAAGUUUAGCUUCUUCUGUUUUCCUUUUUGAUGAGAGGAACUUGGGAAAUUGGAAAAAGGUCAGGAGGCACAGGCCUUCGUCAAGAGUUAGGCUAGUUGGUGAGCGGUGAGAUGAGCACUGAGGCCUCCCCUGGAGUUGAGGAAGCCAGCCUCUGCUUGCAAGUGCUGCCUUAGUCACCAGUCAGCACCUUUCUGUGAGAAGAGUCAGACUGUGAUAUGCUUUCACUCUUAAUGACUU